AUUUAUAUACUUCUAUCAGUAAAUUUGAGAAAAGUUUCAUUUUCUUCUUUAUAUGCGGCAGAUGCAUUUCUUUAUACUAUUUUGCUAGAAAUGUGUGUUGAAUGGAAUCUAGCAAGGAGAUGCAUCAUGUUUCGCAGGUUUCAUUCUCUUCUCUAUAGAAUUCUCUUUUGGGCUCCAAAAAUCAUUAUGGGCCCUUACAUAUAAGACACCGCUUACAUUGAUGUGACGCUGAUUGUUGUUACGUUACUGUCCGUGAAACUUCUGCUUUCCCAGUUCGCGCUCAGUAUCUCACAGUCAUGAAAGUGUCGGUUCCGUUCGCGUGUGAUUGAGUACUCAUCAAGAGUACAGCUUCUACUAGCAACCGCACAGGACAUCGUUCUAAGAUAUUGCAGCACGUGAUUGCGGCAAAGAUCACUAUUAGCAGCAGUAGCAACAAUAGCUCUCUAUCCGGUCUUUGUAUUUGCAACGAGAGGCAUCGAUCUAUUUCCAAUAUAGUCAUGGAAAGUUCAUCAAACAAAGCAAUCGACGAGACAUCGCAAGAGGAUUGUAUUUGGAUAGAAUUGAGAUUGUUGCAAUCAAUUAUGAUACAAAGUAGAUUGGGCCAGACAAUACUGAAACUUAUUGAUUAUUUUCUGUGGAUUGUAGAGAAAUGUAUGGAAUGGAGUCUCCCUAGACAGAAUAUCAAAGAUGAGAAAGAUUCAAAAAAAAUGGAACUCGUGCGACCAUUGCCAUGGCUUUUGUUCUUACCGAGCUUAAUAAUAUUACGUAUAAUCAGAGUCAUAGUAAAUAUAGGUGCUUCCAUAUUGAGUUAUCCAAAAAUUACAUCAAGUGAAAUGGUAAAACUCGUGCAGAAAUAUCGUAGAUAUCUGCAUGAUACAAUGAAGAAAAAGAAGAAAGAGAAGAAAGAAAAGUAUAAUGAGCUCAAGGACAAGAGAUCGUCGAUGAAUGAGGCCAGAAAGGCCCUGAUCAGAUCUAUUCGUCUGACUUUAUCGAGCUUAUCCUGCAUGGAUACAUCCAAACCCCCUCCAUCACCACCGCCUACCAAAAUUUAUAUUAGUAGCAACCUCGAUCCCGAUCCAGUAACAACGACAUCGGAAGAAAAGUCGGAAAACAAAUCCGAAGAAAAGUCAGUGACAGAAUCAAUGGAUUCGGCAACAUCAAAAGACUCAAGCGAAUCGGAGGACGAGAAGCAAGAUAAGGAGGAAAGGGAGAAGAAAGAGUGGAAAGAAUCUGUAAAUGAUAAGAUUGAUCGACUCGCUUUGGAAAAUAGCGAGGAUGAUGAAGAUUUUGAACCGGACGAAUGCUCGUCGAGCGGUACGAACAGUAUCGAUGACGAUGAUGAGAACAGCGAUGGUAAUGUGUCCCUGAAUGAGAUUAACGACAUAAUUGAAGACGCAGUAACGUUCAAGAAAAAUAAAAACAUCGAGCAGUUUUUGCAUGCCGAGCAAACUUCCACGCUAGCUUGUAAGCAAGAACCCAUCGAAUCGGCUUGCGAAAAGAAAACGUCAGCCAAGGAGAGUCGCGAUAAGGUAGAAGAGCACCUUGCGCCUUCGCAGCGCAUCGAUUCGUCAGAAUGUUGUACGCCCGACAGAUCCAGUCAGGAAGAUCCAACCUUCUAUUCGCCGAUCAGCUUGGAUAAUGACUCGCCGAAGAAGCUGUUGAUGUCGACCGUCAAACAAUAUGUCUCAAGAAAAAUCUUAGAUACAAAAGAGUUUAUCAAUGGCGAAGUACGAUUUAUCUCAGCAUCAACCAUUUCAGAAUCGAAAUCAUCCAGGCAGACUGACAACGCAGUAACAGAGAAGUACAGUACAAACGUGAGUAAAGGACGUAAAGGUAAGCGCACGAGUCGCAGCAAUCGCAAGAAAAAAUAAUAGAUUGACAAAAGCAAAACAAAAAGAGAAAGAAAGAAGAGGAAGGAAAGAGAGAACGAAAGCUUUCCUCCGAGACAACAAAUCACUAUUGUAACAUACAAUAUCGCGCCAUAUCGAACGUCAUUGAUAGUUACGCAAUUGUCGAAGAUUACACAUGAUUUCGAAUGAUAGAUAUCUAUUUGUCGUCUAGAUAUAAUGAGAUAUCAGGUAAUGAAAACGUUUUUUUAAAUAAAAGUUGAGUUUUUUAACAGAUCUCCGAAUCAUCGCAGUCA